AUGGGAGAGACCACGUCCAGCGGGUUUCACACCUUUGAGAACACUGCAGCAGAUGCCGUUUCAGCGAUCCAGUACGAUGCCGGGGGAGACAGGAUAGUGACAGCAUCUGCAGAUCAUAGAUUACGUAUCUAUCAAAAGUCUUGUGUGGACUCCAACGAUUGGGAGUUGUAUGAUCAGUGGCGAGGGCAUGAUGCUGAAGUCAAAUGGAUCGACUCCUCUCACGGUGAAGUCCUAACAACCAUCGGUGGCGACAACAAGUUCAAAGUUUGGCAAGAGAACCCUUCUCAAGCACAUACUCGAGGCCGCCGCUUCAAAUGCAUUUUCUCACAGACUCCCGUGGACAGUGUAGCAUACAUAGCCUUCGACUACAUCGUCCGACAGCAAGACAUCUAUGUAGCACUAAUCUCUCACACGGGCUUGUUCACCCUUCUUGAACCUGCAGAUCCCACGACACUUUCUUCGUGGCGAGAAGGCGAUGCUUUCUAUCCCUUUGGCCAACAGCCUAGGAGCAGCGAGGCGAGAUUUUCGAUAUCGUUCCAUCACGCCGCUGGACCCAAUUCUCAGGCGCUCAGGGCUGGCAUUGAUAAAUCCAGCAUUUCUCUUGCAAUCUCGUCUGCUAGUCAAGUGAAUGUCUAUCGCUUUGCUAAUCCGGAAGAUGAAAAUGUUGCGCUUCAAGAGGUGCUGCGGAUGCCCUUCGAGGACGGACUGGUGUGCUCAGUGGCCUGGGCACCGGCCCAUCCGCAGCCCGAAGACGUGGUUGCUGUUGCAUGCGAUGACGGUAAGAUCCGGAUGUUGGAGAUUACCGUGCAGACGUCUUCACAGAAUCUUCUAACGAGCAAUGGACACUCUAACUUGUCUGCUUUAAGACGGGGUUCACGUAAUGAUCAGCAGCUAGGGAGGUCUGGGAUUGCGGCCGGUCUGGCUAACAUAGACCGACCACGAGAGGUAUCUCAGAGUGAACAAGGCAACGGUCCGAAGCAUGAAGGCAAGAUCGUAGCCGAGUUGCAAACUUCCGAAGGAGCAUCGGCACAUCAAAUGGAGUGGACCAUGGACGGAUGCACCUUAGUCACCACAGGAGACGAUGGUAAAGCGCAUUUAUGGAAGCGAAGUCUUGCAGGCAAUUGGAUGCAAUAUGCUGAAACGGCUUUUCAAUGA